AUGGCUAUGAACAACAAGCCCAAGAAACCAUUAUUCAACCUUCAAUCCAACCUUGCCAUCACCCUCUUCUUCAUUAUUGUGUUCACAAUUCCAGCUCUUCUUCUCCUUCAUACCCCAUCAACGUCGAUUUGUACGUUUUCAUCUAACAAUAAGGCAUGGUCGGGAGAUCUUCGGAAUGCAGAAUUCGCGUGGAAUCAUCUGAAAUUCAUCGAUGAAGAGCCACCGUUAAGGAGCCUAAAAAUUGCGGUCUUCUCUAGGAAAUGGCCUACAAGCACCACCCCCGGUGGCAUGGAACGCCACGCGCAUACUCUGCACACAGCUCUAGCACGAAGGGGACAUCAAGUGCAUGUCUUCACUUCACCCACUCUAGGUGAUACUCUUCCAACCAAUUCCCAGGAGCAAAUUCAUUCUCAAACAAGUCAUGGUUCAUCAUCACCUAUAAUACACUGUCAUGAGGGCGAACCGGGCAAAUGGAGAUACAACAAGGCAUGGGAACAAUUUCAAGAAGAAAACCAACACGAACCUUUUGAUGUAAUUCAUUCAGAAAGUGUUGCUCUCCCAUUUUGGUUGGCUCGAAAUCUACCUAAUCUCGUGGUUUCAUGGCACGGGAUUGCGCUAGAGAGUGUGCAAUCAAGUAUCUACCAAGACUUGGCACGUCGACCAAAUGAACCCGUGUCCCCUACCUUCAACAACAGCCUACAAGGAGUAAUCCCAAAAGUCUUAAAAGAAAUUCGAUUUUUCAGAAAUUAUGCGCACCAUGUGGCUAUAAGUGACAGUUGUGGCGAAAUGUUAAGGGAUGUUUACCAAAUCCCCCCUAAACAUGUCCAUGUGAUCAUCAAUGGAGUCGAUGGGGAUGAUUUUUGCCAAGAUUUAAGAUUAGGCCAAGGAUUCAGAUCCAAAAUUGGGAUCCCACAAAAUGCUAGUAUAGUUCUAGGUGUUGCAGGAAGACUAGUGAAGGACAAAGGCCAUUCCCUUUUACACGAGGCCUUUUCGAAACUCAAGCUAAAAUACCCCAAUGUCUACCUAAUCGUGGCAGGUUCCGGUCCAUGGCAACAAAGGUACAAAGAUUUAGGGCCUCAAUCCAUUGUUCUUGGAUCGAUGAGUCCAUCCGAAUUGCGUGCUUUCUACAAUGCAAUCGACAUUUUUGUUAAUCCGACGCUUAGGCCACAAGGGCUUGAUCUGACACUAAUGGAGGCUAUGAUGAGUGGAAAACCAGUUAUGGCAUCAAGAUUUCCUAGUAUUAAAGGAACAAUUGUGGUUAAGGAUGAAUUUGGUAUCAUGUUUUCGCCUAAUGUGGAAUCAUUGUCCGAGGCAUUGGAAUUGGUUGUAUCUGAGGGAUCGGACAGGCUAUUGCAGAGAGGAAAAGCAUGCAGGGAAUAUGCAGCUUCCAUGUUUACUGCACGAAAAAUGGCAUUGGCAUAUGAAAGAUUGUUCCUUUGCAUAAAAAAUGAAACUUUUUGUAUGUACCCACAAGAAGAUUGA